AUGAACAACAGCGGAGCAACUGGACUACACAACCCACAGUUAUGGCGCCGUUCUCCGGAUGUACAGUCCAUAAGAGACCCCAGUUCUCCAUGUACAGUGGACGAGACGGGAAACACAACAGGAUCUAAAGAGAAAGUUGUUCGUAUUGUAAUGGGAUCUUUAUCUGUGGUUGACUGGAUACGCAGUCAGUGGUUACUCUGGCUCUUUGUGUUAAGUAUAUGUAUGGCGUAUUAUCAUCCUUCUUCUAUGGAUAUUGCCUCUAGUGUGUGGGUGCGAGUUCUUGUGUUUAUUUCUUUUACACUCAGUGGUGCAUCCUUUCCAGAUAUUGAUAAGAGUGCGGCAUUCCGUUUUAUUGGUCCAACUAUUGCUAUGUGUGUGAUGAGUCUUGUGGUUUCUCCUAUUAUAGGAACAGCUGUGUAUAUAAUGUUUCACGGAUCUACCGAUGUGCAUUUUCUCUUUAUUGGUUUAAUGUGUACAUUUUGUCUUCCUCCAUCCGCUAUAUUAUCCGUAGCCGCAGCACGAUCAUCACAAGGUAAUGAAGCACUUGCACAGUAUUUAAGUGCUAUUGGAAGUGUAAGUGGUGUCAUUGCUUCACCUUUACUCAUGAUUGCAUGUGUUUCCCUUUCACACUCAACAAAACUUCCAAGUGCAAUGGAAAUGGUAUUUUUUCCAGUAACUGUGAUUGGUCCAUUUUUUAUUGGUAUCAUCGCUCAACGAAUAUUUGCUUGGGUUUCACAUCGAUAUAUAACUGGAGAAGAUCGUGAUGUGGUGCGAAUCAGUAAAGCAGAAAUUGCAUGUUCUGAGCUUUGUGAUGGAAGUCUUGUUUAUUGGCGUCAACGUGCAGUUCAAAUGAAUUGUUUUGUUUUGCUUUUAGUGAACUAUUUUAUGUUCAGCUCAUUUUUUGUGCAGUCUAUAACACCAAACUUAUUAACAUGGAAAGGAAUAGGAAUAGUGACUUGCUUGGAGUUUGCUCUCUUCUUUCUCUUCUCUCUUGUUGGGUGGUGUUUGGCCUCUAUUAUUACAGCCACACCAGAGGAACGCAUUGCAUUGUUUUUUGCUCUCAUUACGAAGUCUGAAGUACUUGUUGUACCCAUCAUACUUCAUCUUUUUUAUGAAAAUCGUCAAGCCGCUGUUAUUUUGCUUCCCUCGCUGAUGUAUCAUCUUAUCCAGGCAUUUGCAACAGGUGUGAUGAGUUUUCCGUUGCGACGCUGGAGAUAUAGAUACAACUGUCGUCCAGGAACAACUUUACUUCCAUUGCGAUUAAGUAAAUCCGUGCGAGCCUCAUCAGCAAAGUAA